AUGUAUAAUGCCAAUCCAAAGCCUUCACAGCAGGGUGGAGCCCGCGAAAGCAGAGAUUCUAGGGAUGUGCGACAGCAGUAUAUCUUCCUCAACAUCAUCGGAAGCGGCUCCUUCGGGAAGGUCCACAAGGUCCAGUCCAGGACGAACGGGCGGAUCUUCGCGUGCAAGGAAAUCGACUACGCCAAGAUGAGCGAGAAGGAGAAGAAGCUCCUCGUCCACGAGGUCAACACGCUCAAGGAGCUCAGCCACGAGAACAUCGUCUCCUACAUCGACCGCUUUGUCGAGCGCGAGAACGCGAAGAUGUUCAUCGUCAUGGAGUACUGCGAGAAUGGAGACCUCGCAAAGUACAUCAAGCGGCACAAGACAGACAGGCGCUACAUCGCUGAGGAGAAGAUCUGGUCUGUCUUUGUCCAGCUCCUCCAUGCCCUUAACUAUUGCCAUAGCAUCCAUAGUGAAGACGAGUCAGGUGUCCACAAAGUUAUCCACCGGGAUAUAAAGCCCGGUAACGUGUUCCUCACUCAAGAUGGCUCCAUCAAGCUGGGAGACUUUGGUCUCUGCCGUACCCUCGGAGAAGAUUCUGUGGCCCAGACAAACGUCGGCACCCCCCUCUACAUGGCCAUAGAGGUCCUCCAGAAGCAGUCCUACACAGAGAAGGCAGACAUAUGGUCCCUCGGCUGCGUCAUCUACGAGCUCUGUGCCCUGCAGCCCCCAUUCGUGGCAUCUAACAUAGAGUCCCUCAAGACGAAGGUUAAGCAGGGUGCACGCCCUGCCAUACCGUCUCACUACUCUAGCGAUUUGUCAGCUGCAAUCGACUUAAUGCUCAACCCCAAUCCUUCAGCACGACCAUCUGCAACAGAUAUCCUUCAGCACAGUCGUAUCAUUGAGAUGAAUGAGAGAAUAAAAGCUAUGCCUGCAUAUGCUGCACAGGCGCCGCCUGAAAUACCAAAGAGUGCUCCACCAGGCGGUGGACAUGCCCAACGUGAACGUGAACUUCGUGAGUGGGAAGAACGCCUGAACACGAAGGAGCAGUCCCUACGAGCACGUGAGGAGCACGUUGACCGCACACUAGCAGCUCUGAACGCCGGAACAUAUAAAGGCUAUUAA